GCUCGUCUCCCCGCGGUACCUCAACCUCGCGCGCGCUCGCCCGCCGCUAGUUCCCAACGUACUGCGGACGCUCGCGACCUGCGGCACCCGAGAGGAGGGGCUCAGCGAAGCGGCGGGGACCGGUCGACAAAAAGAUGCCACGGAGAAGGAAAAAAGUUAAAGAAGUCUCUGAAGCUCAGAACCUGGAGAAGAAAGAUAUAGAAACUACCAGUUCUGUCAAUGUGAAGAAGAAGCGUAGACUUGAGGAUGCAUUCAUUGUGAUAUCUGAUAGUGAUGGAGAGGAACCAAAGGAGGAGAAUGGAUUGCAGAAAAUGAAGACAAAACAGUCGAAUAGAGCAAAGUGUUUGGCUAAAAGAAAAAUUGCACAAAUGACAGAAGAAGAACAGUUUGCUCUGGCUGUCAAAAUGAGUGAACAGGAAGCUAGGGAGGUGAACAGCCAAGAGGAGGAAGAAGAGGAGCUCUUGAGGAAAGCCAUUGCUGAAAGCCUGAAUAGUUGCCGGCCUUCUGAUGCUUCUGCUACCAGAUCUCGACCUCUGGCCGCUGGACCAUCUUCACAGUCCCACCAAGAGAAAACCACAGACUCUGGGACCACUGAAGGCAUAUGGCAGCUGGUACCUCCAUCACUGUUUAAAGGCUCACAUAUCAGUCAGGGAAACGAGUCUGAGGAAAGAGAGGAGCCUUGGGACCGCACUGAAAACACUGAAGAGGAGCCGGUCUCUGGCAGCUCAGGAAGCUGGGACCAGUCAAGCCAGCCAGUGUUUGAGAAUGAGAACGUUAAAUGUUUUGACAGAUGUACUGGCCACUUGGCUGAGCGCACACAGUGUGGGAAGCCACAGGAAAGUACUGGGAGGGGUUGUGCUUUUCACAAAGCUGCCCAGGGUAGGGGGGACACAUCUAGGCACUGUCUGCCUACCCCAGCAGAUGCCAAAGGUCUCCAGGACAUUGGGGGCACUGUGCACUACUUCUGGGGUAUUCCAUUCUGCCCUGCUGGAGUAGACCCUAACCAAUAUACCAAGGUCAUUCUCUGCCAGUUGGAGGUUUAUCAAAAGAGCCUGAAAAUGGCUCAGAGGCAGCUCUUAAAAAAAAAAGGGUUUGGGGAGCCAGUGUUACCUAGACCUCCUUCUCUGAUCCAGAAUGAAUGUGGCCGAGGAGAUCAGGCUAGUGAAAAAAAUGAACGCAUCUCAGAAGAUAUGGGAGAUGAAGACAAAGAGGAGAGGCAGGAGUUUAGGGCAUCUGUCUGGCACUCAAAAACCAAGGAUUUCCAAGAAAGCCCAAUUAAAAGCUUGAAAGAGAAACUUUUGUUGGAGGAAGAACCAACAACCAGUCAUGGUCAGUCUUCCCAAGGGCUGUUUGUCCAAGAAACUUCUGAAGAAGGAAAUUCUGUACCUGCCUCACAGAGCAUUGCUGCUUUGAACAGUAAGAGAAGCUCAGUCCUUAUGCCAGAGAGUUCUGCAGAGGAAAUCACUGUGUGUCCUGAGACACAGCUAAGUUCCCCUGAAACUUUUGACCUUGAAAAAGAAGACUUUCCAGGUAGCAGAGAGACCAUGGAUGAAGUGGUAUGGUGUAGUGCAAGGAGCUUGAGCAUUGGAAUUAGAAGACAUGGCUUUGAAUCCCAACCCCGGCACCUUGGGCAGGUUCUUCAGGUUGAUAACAGGGAAGAUGCUGAGAAGGAAAUACCUACUACUACCUUCUCAUCUAAUACCCAGGUAUCCUGCCCACUAUGUGACCAAGGCUUCCCACCCACAAAGAUCGAGCGACAUGCCAUGUACUGCAAUGGGCUGAUGGGUCAAGAUACAGUGUUGACUCAGAGACAAAAAGAGGCUAAGAGAAAGAGCAAGAGUGACAGUGGGACAGCUGCUCAGAUUUCCCUAGACAUUGACAAGAAUGAGAAGUGUUAUCUCUGUAAAUCCCUAGUCCCACUCAGAGAGUAUCAGUGUCAUGUAGAGUCCUGUCUCCAGCUUGCAAGAGGUGACCAAGGAGAUGGGCCUGAAGAGAGUGAUAGAGUAUGCUCAGCUGUGGAGGGGAAGCGUCCACAACGGCUGAGGAACCCAAAGGAAAAAGGCUUCAGUGAAGGCCGACUCCUCAGUCUCUUGGAACAGUCUGAGUACAAGACCACAGAUGCGGAGAUAAAGACCAAGUUUUCAGAAACAGGAGCCUUCAGGGUGCCUUCACCAGGGGUAGAAGAGGCAGGUUGCAGCAGAGAGAUGCAGAGUUCCCCUGCACAUCUUGACUUAAAUGAGUCUCCCAUCAAGUCUUUUGUUUCCAUUUCAGAAACCACAGAUUGCUUAGUGGACUUUAAAAAGCAGCUUACUGUCCGGUCAAGUAACCGGACACGGACCAAAGCAGGCAGAGGAAGAAGGAGGAAAUCCUGAAUUUCUAGGGUCCAAAGGUUGACAAAACCAUUAGCAAUAGGGGUGGGCCAUGUUCAUUAAGCCUUAGUGGUCUCCAGUUCAUUGUUACGCAAGUUUUGGCUCUGCAGUUUCUACCACCAGCACCCAUUCAAUGUUCUGGUUUUUAUGUUUUCUAUGAGCUAUACAGACAACUGUGUGUAGUAUUCUGUUUUAUAACAGUCUGUUUGAAUUCACUUAUGGUUAAAAAGAAAAUUUAAAUAUAUUUAUCUAUGUUUGUAUGAAA